CCGAGUAUCCCGGGCUGAGUACAAUAAAAGUUCUGUUCUGCUCUUUACACUAACUGGAAUCUAUUUAUUAUGAUAGUCAACACAUGGCAUUAUUUCGCACUGACGUUUUAUAUUCCUUUAAAGCAAUCUUGACCUUCUGUUUGUUGUGUUACAUGUUCUCAGUUAUUGUGCAGGUUGAUGUACCAAAGGUUCAUUUUGAAUGGAUGUAUUCAACACGGAUUGAUGAAUAAUGAACCGUGGACGCACUCGGGAAGAUACUUAAGGAAUGUUGGUUUACAAGGACACAUUGUACCAAAACAAAUGCUUCAAAGAACAAAGAAAAUUGUGUUUCACUAUACAUAAAAUGACUAGAACCACAUUUUGGAUCAGAGUUCAAUAAGGAGGACUUGGUGACGUCACAAUGGAUCAUAAGGAUAUUCUUCGGAGAAACCACGUAUAUCUGAAGGACCACCUUAAUGUGACAUGUGUCCUGGACCAUCUCUACCAAGAAGGAGUAUUCACGGACUGUGAAGUAGAAGAGUGUCGUGCUGGAGAUAUCUGCUCUAAACAGUGUAAUACCCUCUUGGAUACCAUGCGGAGGAAGGAUGCUGAUGGUUAUAGAACCUUUUGUGCCAUUCUACACAAUGUCCAGCCGAAAGUAAAGAGCCAUCUAGACAAGGACGAUGGACAAGAGACAGCGUUGUAUGUCAAUAAGAACAAGAUUGAAUGCAAGUACAAAGCAUUAAUAGACGGAAAAGAUAAACAUAUUGCUAAACUGGAAAGAGAAUUAGAAGAAAGAAAUUCUGACAUCACGCAUAUGUGUGGUGAGCACAAGAAGGAAUUGACCACAUGUAAGUCACAAGCGAAGCUAGCAAUGGACGAGAUUGUGAAAGAAAAGGAAGAGAUCAUUGGUGAUCUGCAGCAAAGAAUUCAUAAUGAGGAAAGUGGGAAGCUGAAAGCUGAGAAAGCGCUAGAAGGAAGCGUUGCUCUCCAGGAGGAAUUGCAAUCCCGGAUACAGCUCUUGGAGAAGGAAUUUGCUGCAUGUAAAGAGAAGUAUGCGGCUAUUACAAAGUCCUUCCAGCCUGAACGAUGCCUCACCGCAGAAAACGCGAGUAUGAUGUUACAGUCAUUGACGAGAAUGAGAGUGGAUACCUGUAUGACAUGCAGACAACGCCAUGAUGAGAGCCACAUCAUUUACAGGCUUCCUUGUAUUCACGUGAUGUGCCAGACCUGCUUUGAACAACUCAACGACACCAGCGGAAUUUGUUCUGAGUGUUCAACAGUUUUCGAUCGUACAGACAUCAAACUUGAUACGUCCAGUAGGAACAAAGCACGAUGGGAGAAGAGUGAGACAAGUAGGACAUGCACACAUAACUUUCACCACAAUGACAAAGAAGCGGUAUCAUUUUGUGAAGGAUGUGACGACUACCUAUGUUUAGAAUGCAACAACAAUCACGGCCAAAUUAGGAGCUUUACUAGGCACACAACGUACUCCAUUGAUGAAAUCCAAACCAGUCCUUAUCCACAGUUUAAGAAAAAGGAGAUGUGUGCACAUCAUGACGAGUAUGAUCUUAUGCUUUAUGACCAAAACUGUAAGAUGGCCUUAUGUCUAGUCUGCAUUCAAGAUGUCCACAAGAACCAUGAAACAGUUGAACUCAAAAAGGAAUAUCAGCAAGAACAGAAGGAAUUGGAGGUUCUCCUGGGGGGUCUUGAAGCAAGAUCAGAAGAAAUACAGAGAAACGUUUUAGACCUGAAAGACCAAGGGCUUGCUUUGGACAAAAGUGAAGCAUCUUUAUGUGACCAGAUAUCUGCAGCACGGGAGAGUUUAUCGCUUCUGCUGCUCCGGAGAGGCAGACAACUGCAGAAGGAAGUCAUCCAAAGUCUGGAAGCGCCCAGAAUGGUCCUGCAGGACAAGCUGAGCUGUUUGCUCAAGACAUUCAAUUCUGUGAACAAUGCAGUUGAAUUUGGGAAACAAAUUCUUCAGUACUGUUCGAAAUCUGAAUUUCUUGAGUUGAAGCAGAUCUUACAUGAUAGGUCAAGGAUUGACUUGACAAUACCUUUGCCUUCUUCAGACAGGCGUGGUAAUGAAGUACGGCUAUUGUUGGAUGGGCAGAACAAUCUGGAGAGAGCGGUGCAGUCUCUAUUUUGUUUAUACAGUCCGAUGAAAAUGGAUGCAGAACCACUCUCAGAUGCUACCCCAACAGUUGAGGACUACCUCCGGAGAAUCAACUUUCUGGAGGAAAGAGUACAUGAAAACGAAAGAGCGAUGGCAAGCCACACAAGCAUGCUGUCUCAGAUGAACAGAGAUAUUGGGAUUGCAAGGCGAAAACUUGACCUACAGGCACAACAGUUGCAGUCCACCGAGAAUGCUUUGUCUUUGAAGGACAUGAAAUUGAAGAACUUGCCGUUUCUAGAGCAACGAUGCAGUGAUCUUGAGGACAAACUUACCAGAGAAACAAAUGUGAAGAAGGAACUUCUGAGUCAAUACGAAAAGAAAAUUAUAUCUCUGAAUGAAACCAUUGACGUUUUUCGAAAAAGAUGUCGACAGCUUGAGCAAGCACUGGAACGAACAGUAGUUUGUGUUGGCAGUCAUCGAAACGGACUGGACAACAUUCUCAUCGUUUGCCCCAGGCUUAAGAUGUGUGUCCAUCGUGUAAAUACACGAUUUUGCCGUGUGCAGGAGGGGGAGUUAACCAACGUGCCGUCGUUUGCAAAGGACGAGGAGCCCAGCCAACUACGAUUUCGAAGAUUUUGGGGCACUGCCGGUUCCGAGCCGCUUCUUCCAGCACCUUGUCAAAUUCACCAUGAACCUGUGUAUUGGGAGGUUGAAGCUGACAUAACUGGCCUUGAUGAAGAAUCCAUUAAAUCUCGAAGUAGAGAACCAGUUUUGGAGACAGGCGUUGUUGAGGAGACAGCGUUGGAUAAAAGUGCCUUUAUGUCAACUGGCGAACUCUCUUGGUGCAUUGUGUUGUGUUUCUGUCCAAAGCACGACUGGGUCUGCAAACAGAUAUGGAAACAUGGACAACACAUGAAAUGUGUCACAAUCUCAAAAGCAGAGAGUGUUUUGAAAUUCGGCGUUGUGUUGGAUGCUGCAAAGUCGAAACUUACAUUUCUAGACAUUUCAAAGAAUGAUGUUUUAAGGGUGUUUGACUUGGAGCAUACUUCACCGUUGUGGCUGACAUUUGGUGUUUCAACAAAAAUUCCUUUCACAGUGAAGUUGAAGCUGAUCUCGGGAGCAGAUGUAGAAAUGAACACUCGAAAGAAAGGUCUCAUUCUGAAAGCAGUGUCAUAGUGUCACUUUUCUGGACCUCGACAGUAAUGUUUGGGAAGUGGAGGCAUUACAUGCUCAAGGGGAAUGAUAUUAUUCUCAGCCACAACCAGUGCAGAAACCUGGAUCAAGAUACAUCAAUAUACAUCUGAAGAAAUGCUCGGCACCUCUCAUAUUUUAUGUCCAUGCAUGAACAAACGAUUACUGGAACAAUAUUCAUCUGGAGGAAGACACUUCUUUGACCAUGCAUCCCCAAUGUUGACAAAUGAGAAGAUUACUGGAUCAAUAUUAAUCUGUAGAAACACUAA